UCACGCAUGUAACAAGCGCAAGCAUGAUCGAAAGUACAUGUAUAUUUGCAGUGAGUAAUGAGUUCUGAAACUCAUGCGGUUGACAGUUAAGAUGUGUCCCGUGGUCACUACGCCAGUGCCAUGAUAUGUACUAGAUAGAUGUCCACGUCAUGGGCAGGGUGACGUUAGAAAUACUUGUUAAAUAGAUACGAUGGUCUUGAAAUCUUCACUGGAAAAAUGUCUGUUGGAACUAGAAAGGAGGACUCGCCAUCAGUGUCAAGAUUCUUAUCUCGCUCAAAGAAGGAGAUAAGGGGAUUAGGUCUCAAACCGGUCAACUCAGGCACUCAGCGGAGUACCAGACAUGCCGCCUGCAUCAUGCGAGAGUUCUGCAAGGAGACUGGGCGAGGCCAGGUACCAUUUGAGACGCUCCCCCUGGCCGAAUUAGACAGUCUCCUGGAGGACUUCUUUGGCAACAUCAUCAAGAGGGACGGCACGCCCUACAACCGAAAUGGCCUGAUUGGGAUCCGCUACGGCCUGGCCCGAUUCCUGAAGGAGAAGAGACACUUUGACAUCACAGCUCACCCAGGCUUCUCCAAGUCUAUUCAUGCUUACAAGGCCAGGCAAGCGGAGCUUAAAAGAAAAGGGUUGGAUGUCGUCAACCACUACCCACCCUUCACUGUACCAGACUUGAUAAAGCUAUACAGCUCAUUUGACCUUGCCAACCCCACUAGCCUUCGUCAAAAAGUACAAUUUGAUGUGAUGUUCUUCUUGUGCCGUAGAGGGCGUGACAAGUUGAGGGAAAUGACCAAGGACCAAUUUGUCUUGGACACAACACCCGCUGGCCAACGUUACGUCCGUCCUUCAGGAAAUCAGCCAUUUAACCAAGAGAGUGUGGAAUAUGCUGGCUGUACUAAUGUUAUGCUAGAAAGACGAGAAAGCCCUUUAUGCCCAGUUUUAUCCUUUGAGGUUUACAUGAGCAAGUUGAACCCUUUAAGCAAUUGGCUAUGGCAACGAGAACGAGCAGCCAAUGAGAUGACUGGCCCAGUGUGGUACACCCAUGCUCCAGUUGGUAAGAAUAGUCUAGCCACCCUAAUCCCUGUCCUGUCACAGGAGCUAGGACUGUCAAUGUCGUACACUAACCACUCUAUCCGUGUCACUCCGCUGACGACCUACGACAGCGCAUUGCCAAAGGUUAGCUUUGUCAAGGCAUCCCAGCAAGCAGUCAAGAUCCCCGUCACCCCGGUGAACAUUUGUUUGCGGAAUGUGCCGUCAGUGGAGCCCAGUCUUGAUACUCCUGCACGUUCCAAACAGCAUCAGGAAUGUUAUGGCACAGCAGAACAAGGAGCAAAUCCUCCGAUAGGAACCCAAGAACAUCACCAGACGUUAUCCGUAAAAACCCCCGACGAAGCCCCAGGACCUUAUCGUCAGAUUGCCAGCCAAACAGCUACAGCCUCUACCGAUGCUGUCUGUGAAUCCACACCAAACCACUUGAUCAACGACAACCAAACAACAUACCCUUGUCUGCCUGCCACCUUUCAUGUCAGCCAUUCAACAGACACCGACAGCUCUAAGAUCUACUCAGGACACUUCCGACCGGGAGAGGUCAAGGGGUCAUUCGGCGGACGAUGGAGGUUGGUCAGAGACACCAUCCCGUCAGUGUUUUUCUUCAGCAAAGCAGAUAGGCCAAGUACUUCAUCCAGUAAGGACAGAUGUAAGGAUAUGACAGGGAGUGAGAAGGAGUGCGCUGGGUCUGGUGAUUCCCAGAGCCAGACUGCACAUCAUCCAGCCCAUGGCUGUGUGCCAACAUCUACCAAUGAUCACCUACAGGCAGCUGUUUUACACAUCCAGCAGCUAGAAGUCCAGAAUCGACAGUUGCAAAACCUGAGGUUUGAGGUCGGCAGGUUUUGUGACGAUCCUGAUUUGAUCCAGUUUUACACUGGUUUUGACACUUACAACCAGUUCUGCGAUGCUUUUCAGGCUUUGCAGCCCACAGAUGAGUUAAUGAGAGAUGGCAGCUGGUCUGCCAUCCGAGAUACCACAAGGAAUGAAAACCUCACACCCACUGAUCAGUUCUUCCUUUUCUUGUGCCGCUGUCGAGCAGGACUCCUGGAGCAAGAUUUAGCCGUCAGAUUUGGGAUCAGCAUCGCUGCUGUGGUCGGCAUCUUAACCAUCUGGACAAACUACUUGCAUUUUAGAUUGGCUCCAUUGCUGGUCUGGCCAUCCAGGGAGUGCGUCAAUGUACACAUGCCACAGUGCAUCAAGGACAUCUGUCCCAGGCUUCGGGUGAUCCUAGUGAGCACGGAGAUGAAGUACAGGGCAUCGUCGUUGUACAUAAACAACCGGGAGUGCUCCCAACAGAAAACGGCCAAUGGAAGAAGUUGCAACUCAAAGAAGGUUAACUAUAGCCUGCUUCCCAAACCCUGUAUUUCAUUGGAGACUUCACAAGCUGGAGGUCCAAAGCCAGUCAGGAUGUGAGAGUAUUGAAGUAUCAAGGCCUGACAUUUUGAUCCUUGCGAAAUCCAACUUUUCCUAUUUCCUGAUUCUGCAAGGAUUAAAGCAUUGAUAUCUUUAACUUUAAAGCACUGUAGAUUUCAGGGUUCACCUUUCAAGGAGCAGUAGUUUUAAUUAACUAAGUUUUCUUGGAUGUCACUGAUGCUCCUUGCCUAUACACCAGUAUUCUACCUUUUCAUUUCUUUAAGUACCUUGCCCACUGUUGAAUUUUCUUUCGUUCUUGCCAGAACUAGAUUUUUUAAUUACCAGAAUGGCAUAAGCCAAUUCAUUUUGAUGAGUUCUUCCAUUCAUUUCUGCAACCUCAGCUCCAAGCAUUGUUUUGCCCAUGUGCAACGUGGAUUCGUUAUUUUCAAAGAGAUCACUUCAGCUCUGAACUCUUUCCUCCAUGGAUCUACUCCAUAAGGCCACAAAAUCAAGUCUGCUCCUUCUCCUAACAAUGAACCCCUUCUAAAGGAAGACCAAUUAUUACUGCCUAUUGUUGGAUCGCUUCCUUUUCAAUGUACACCUAAGCUUUGCUAUAGUUAGCAGAUGAAACUUGCUUUUGUUCCAAAUGGUAUUCUAAAAUAGUGAUGUUCUUUUCAGCUGCUAGAAAUAUGUUCAUGUCUCUGUUUAACUGUUUUUGUCUUCAUUUGGCUUUUUCUUUUCCUAUUUUUAUACUUUUUAUGAAAUAAAUGUUGUAGCAUAAUGCCU